CGUGACUUCUGUUACUUUCUCUCUCUAUAUAUUUACACACACAUGUAUAAUCAGUAGCAUUAUUGGUGAAGACAUGGGGAAUGCGAACGCCAGAGAAGACGGCGCCGUCGCUGGCGGAGGCGGUGGCGGUGGUGAUGAGGUGUCGGAAAGAAGAUCCAGUAAUAUUCAAUCUGCAAAUAUUGGUGAAGAUCACGCUCGGACAACGCGCGUGGCUUCAGCUGACUUAAUGGUCAAUUCUCCUCCGCAAAGCCCACAUCGCUCUGCUUCACCUCUCUUGUUCGGACCUCAGGUCCCAGUAGUUCCUUUACAAGCAGGGGAUGGCCAUCCUGCUACCGACCAAAUGUGGGGCGAUGAAUCUCAGGAUGCCUCUGAUCAUUCUCCAGAGAGUGGCAUACCUAUUUUGAUAACAUGGAGUUAUGGUGGUAAUAAUGUUGCUGUCCAAGGAUCUUGGGACAACUGGAGAUCAAGGAAGAUUCUGCAAAGAUCAGGCAAGGACCACACCAUUCUGUUGGUCCUUCCGAUGGGGAUAUAUCAUUACAAAUUCAUUGUGGAUGGAGAAGUCAGAUAUAUCCCUGAUCUUCCAUGUGUAGCAGAUGAGACAGGCGUUGUCUUUAAUCUUCUUGAUGUUAAUGUAAGUGAGUUUUCCGCCUCCUGAUUAGUUGGUUGGGAAGCUGAUUUACCUUUGGCUAGUGAAUUGCUAAUUGCAUUAUCGCAGUAGUGGCAUCUUGAUAACUUUAGCACAUUUAGCAGUCUUCAUUAAUGUAAUUAGUGAAAUACUGACAAAUAACUUUGUAGCGGAAGGGUAGGCAGAGUUUGCAAUGUUGCAGCUUGGCAUUGCCAUUUUAUUUCAUUUUGUUUUGCCUUGUUCUAAUCAAAGAGGAAAUGUGCUUCUCUUGUAUUUAGGAAUAAAGGUGAAAAUAUCUCUUCAGACCUUAGGUGGUACCGGUGGUAUGAAACUAUCCUAAUUAAUAUUUUAUGCAUAAAUGGGUUAUUUUUCAGUAUGAUCACAAAAGAGAGAAAUUUAUCUCAAGGGAUUAUUCACAUAUAGCUUCCUUAAAUUUAUAUGCAGCUAAACGGGUUUGGUUGGUAGAGAUAGGGGAAUCAAGAGUUUUUAAAAGUGAAAAGCUACUGAACAAGGUAAUAAAACCACUGAGAUAGGGGAAUCAAAAGU